CUCUGUUCGCCUCCGUUCUGCUUCCGCCCCCACUUCCGUUGAAAGCAGCUUCUCUUUGCGAAGAACGGCGCUCGGGCUGGAGAGUCAGAGGCGGCCGCAGCGGUUCUCAGGGUCCCUGGCGCAGUCCCGCCACGUCCCCGGUGGAGUCGACAGUUCCGGGAGCUCUGCAGGCCAGGACGUGCAAGAUGGCCGGGAAGAGGUGGGUGGGCCGGCAGGGACUGCUCCUGGGGCUGCUGCUGGCGACCGCCGCUGUCCACCUUCUCACCUGCCCGUACACCAAGGUGGAGGAGAGCUUCAACCUGCAGGCCACGCACGACCUGCUCUACCACCGGCUGCAGGUGGACAAGUACGACCACCUGGAGUUCCCCGGAGUGGUGCCCAGGACGUUCCUCGGGCCCCUGCUGAUGGCGGCGCUGGCCAGUCCGGCGGUGUGUGUGCUUUCGCUGCUGGACGUGUCCAAGUUCUACUCCCAGCUGGUCGAUGCUGACCGACCCCGCACCGUCCGAGCUGGCCCUCUGGCCACGGUCCCGGCCCUCCUGCUCGGUGCUGCGUUCAGUGUGGGCGAGCCGGGGCCCCUCCUGCCGGCCAGAGCCGGCGGCCUGCGCUCCCCAGGGGGGUUCCCGUGGGGCGUGCGAUGCGCCCCGCCCGCCGGCCGCCCUGGCCCCCGGAGCCGCAGAAUCUGUGCCGUGGACCAGCGGUCACGGCUGCGCGUGCGCCGGUUGCUCUUCGCAGCUUCGCUAGUGGCUCGGCCAGUGGCCUCGUGCGUCCCUCCUGCUGCCUGCGGUGCCUCCCGGGGUGCGCCCCCAAAGCGGGCCACUGCGCCUCAGCCCGACGCCGCGAAGCCCCCUCCAGCCCGGUGA